GACCCACUGCUUGUCCCCUGCACACCCUUAACGACAGUUCAACGCUUAGAAUGUCAAAGCCCAACUCCCCGAUACUCCCUGUUCAUGCACAGGAUGUCAUCGUACCGCCACGUGAAGAGGGCGUAGUCAGCCCGCCAAGGACAGCACGGACAGAGCGGACCAAUAAUAAUGUGCACUGGAGCGUCCCCAACACCCCAUACUCCCCAAGGACGAUCCACACGACCUACACAGCUCGCACGAGUGGUACAGGUCGUUCAACAGUCGUGGAGACACUAGCAGACGUUGUCGACCAGCUCGAACAGCAGAACGCUGCGAACGUCUGGGACGCAGAGGAACCUGAACCUGAGGCGAAGUACCAAGCGAGUCUACAUUCCGGCAAGAGUGGUCACACAACUCGCACGGGCAAAUCCGGUCAUUCCAAGGCAUCCCACGCACCUUCCACAUUCAUGGGCAAAGUACAGCACUUCCGUCACCACAUGCGGCACUGGCUGCAUAACGACAAGUUCCACUACACAAUCAUCGGCUUGGUUAUCCUCGAUCUUAUCGCCGUCUUCCUCGAUCUCACUCUCUCCCUGCUCACCCUGUCUUGCUACACCGACGACCAGCUCGAUUUCUUCGCCAGUCACGGUAUCCUGAACCCGCCAGAGUCGCUGAGCUGUGUUCUGCACGAGUCUACCGCACUCACCGGUGCCGAUUGGUUCCUUUGGGCCUUGUCCGUAUUCCUGCUCUGCAUCUUCACCCUCGAAAUCUUCGCCUCGUUCUUCGCCUUUGGUCUAUCGCACUUCUACAAGCCGCUCUACGCGAUCGAUGCCUUGGUCGUCUUCGCAUCGCUGAUCAUGGAAGUCUUCUUCAAGUUCGCAGACAACGGCAAGUCUGGGUCGAGUCCUGCCGCGCUCAUCGUUCUCCGACUAUGGAAGAUCAUCCGUGCGAUCCACGCUAUCGCGCACUCGAUCGAGCUCAAGAACCAGUCAAUUAUCAACAGUGUGAAGCAGGCGAUGGCCGAGUCGCAGGCAGAGACCGCACAACUCUAUGGGAAACUGGAACGUACCGAACUCAGGGUUGAUUACCUGAAACCGCUCUGCCCCAACCUGAACAAUGAUGAGAUGGAGAGCUUCGUCGACCAAGAGCUCGAGAAACGGCGGGCGAUCGAGGAGGCUGAGGAAGCCGCUGAGGAAGAAGAGAGCUCAACUGCAAGCGAAAAGGGCGGCGAGAAGCCGAAGGAGAUGGUGUAACUUGCUCUCUGGCUAGACCUACACACCUGACCCAACAUUGAUAUUCCUAUAUUGUGCUUAGAUUACGAUUGUUUCCUUACGCCAC